AAGUUCUUUCACAUCCAGGACUUUGGAGGGGUCAGAGAGAGCACUCCAUGCACUGAAGCGUAACACUGAUGCUCUCCUGCUGCUCUGUGAGGAUGUCGUUGUUUGCCAUGGGUUUUCUGCUAGUCAUCCUUCAGCCGUCCAGCGGGCAGUUCCCCAGAGCCUGUGCAAACAUUCAGAGCUUGCUGAGGAAGGAGUGUUGUCCCCCCUGGGAUGGAGAUGAGUCCCCUUGUGGGGAGCUUUCCAGCAGAGGGUCCUGCCAGAACAUCCUUCUCUCUCAGGCUCCACUGGGACCACAGUUCCCUUUCUCAGGAGUGGAUGACAGAGAGGACUGGCCCUCUGUAUUUUACAACCGGACAUGUAAAUGCGAAGGCAACUUCAUGGGAUUCAACUGUGGGGAGUGCAAGUUUGGCUUCUCAGGACUCAACUGCACUGAAAGGCAACUGAGAACAAGAAGAAACAUCUUCCAGCUCACCACCAGUGAGAAGGACAAGUUUCUUGCCUACCUUAACUUGGCAAAGAACACCCCUAGCCAGGACUAUGUUAUUGCUACUGGCACAUAUACUCAGAUGAACAAUGGCUCCAACCCCAUGUUCAGAAACAUCAACGUGUAUGACCUCUUUGUGUGGAUGCAUUAUUAUGCUUCUCGAGACACACUCUUAGGUGGGUCCAAUGUAUGGCGGGACAUUGAUUUUGCCCACGAAGCCCCUGGUUUUCUGCCUUGGCAUCGUGUCUUUCUGCUGAUGUGGGAACGUGAGAUCCAGAAGAUAACAGGUGAUGAGAACUUCACCAUCCCCUACUGGGACUGGCGAGAUGCAGAGGACUGUGUGGUCUGCACUGAUGAAUACAUGGGUGACAGACAUCCCACCAACCCUAAUUUACUCAGCCCAGCAUCAUUUUUCUCCUCGUGGCAG